UAUUUUAGAAUUUAUGCCUUGCGCACUUUCGCAUAUGGUCUUUGUCUUGUCUAUGGUAAAUAAAAUAAAACUGUCACUAUCCGACAUAAAAGGAUGCCGGUGUGAGUGUCGUGCUCCUUAUUUUUUUAUAUUUCUUCCGAAUACUUCUAUUCUUAGAGAAAUUAUUACUAUAAAAUAAAGUAGCGCAAAACUAUAACAAAUAAAAUAUCUCACUAUCAGCCUCCAGCGGCUACGCAGUGCUCGCGACUUCAGAACUUGACUGUUCACCACGUGUACACGAAGUUUUAAUAUCAAUGUGAUAAUAAUUUAUUGCUAGAAUUAGCAAUUUAUCAAGGCAAACACAAUCUAAGUGCGGUUGAACACUAUAACCCUUCAUACAUUCCUGUGAGUCGCACGUGCGCCGCGCCAGCCCCUCGUCGCGAUGUCGGUGAACGCGGAAGGAGACCUUCGCGAUGGACUCUCAGCACAGGAGAUGUUCGCGUCCAGCGACGGGCUCACCUACAACGACUUCCUGCUGCUGCCCGGCUACAUCGACUUCACCGCCGAGGAGGUCGACCUCACCUCUCCACUCACUAAGAAAAUUAACCUGAAAGCGCCGCUGGUGUCCACCCCCAUGGACACCGUGACCGAGGCGGACAUGGCCAUCGCCAUGGCGCUGUGCGGCGGCAUCGGCAUCAUCCACCACAACUGCACGCCCGACUACCAGGCCAACGAGGUGCACAAGGUCAAGAAGUACAAGCACGGCUUCAUCAGAGACCCCGUCUGCAUGGGCCCCGACCACACCGUGGCCGACGUCAUUGAAGCCAAGAAGACCAACGGAUUCACUGGAUACCCUAUCACUGAAAACGGCAAACUUGGAGGGAGGCUUAUCGGCAUAGUGACCUCUAGAGACAUAGACUUCAGGGAGGGAGACCCACAGCUCAGCCUGAAGGAGGUGAUGACCCCCAUCAGCGACAUGAUCACCGCCCAGUCCGGAGUCACCCUGCAAGACGCCAACUACAUACUAGAGAAGAGCAAGAAAGGAAAACUGCCAAUAAUUAAUGAAGCUGGGGAACUUGUGGCCCUCAUUGCCAGAACUGACUUGAAGAAAGCUCGCAGCUACCCCAAUGCCUCCAAGGAUUCCAACAAACAACUACUGGUGGGCGCAGCCAUCGGCACCCGCGAGGCCGACAGGGACCGCCUGAAACUACUAGUACACAAUGGAGUGGAUGUCAUUGUGUUGGACUCAUCCCAAGGAAACUCAAUCUAUCAAAUUGAGAUGAUCAAAUUCAUCAAAACUACUUACCCAUCUAUACAAGUUAUAGCAGGAAAUGUGGUAACUAGAAUGCAAGCCAAGAAUCUGAUAGAAGCUGGAGCUGAUGCCCUGAGGGUGGGCAUGGGCAGUGGGUCCAUUUGCAUCACGCAGGAGGUGAUGGCCUGCGGCUGUCCCCAGGCCACAGCCGUGUACCAGGUAGCAUCUUUUGCCCGUCAGUUCAAUGUGCCAGUGAUUGCUGAUGGUGGAAUACAGUCAGUGGGUCACAUAGUGAAGUCUCUGGCUCUUGGAGCAUCCACAGUAAUGAUGGGCUCUCUGCUGGCCGGUACAUCAGAAGCACCUGGAGAGUACUUCUUCUCAGAUGGUGUCAGGCUGAAGAAGUACAGAGGUAUGGGAAGCUUGGAGGCAAUGGAGAACAAAGAUGGUAAAGGAUCAGCUAUGAGCCGUUACUUCCACAAGGAGACAGAUAAGCACAGAGUGGCGCAGGGGGUGAGCGGCAGCAUCGUGGACAAGGGCUCGGUGCUGCGGUUCCUGCCGUACCUGCAGACGGGCGUGCAGCACAGCUGCCAGGACCUCGGCGCGCGCUCCAUCACCACGCUGCGGGACAUGAGCUACUCCGGCAUGCUGCGCUUCAUGAAGAGGACAUACUCUGCACAACUUGAGGGCAAUGUACAUGGCUUGUUCUCUUAUGAAAAAAGGUUAUUCUAAUCGCCCAUGCUUUUUAUAGAUCUUACAAGUGUCAUAUGUUUGUAAUAGCUGUUAACUUUUUGGAAAUUUUAAUCUAAAUUUAAGAAUACUAUGUAGAACAUAAAAUGUCUAUGUGUCUGUAUAUUAAGAGAUAUAAAGUAUCUGUUUUUACGUAACUGUAACCUAAGAAUGUAAUUACGAAAAAAUAUGAGGUUUGUUUUCAGUGAUGUACACAGUAUUCCAUAAUGGAGAAGUAUUUCUUGAAAAUUAUCUAUUUUGUCAACAUUUUUUUAUUUCUAUACUAAAUGAAAAUUUAUCGUUUUGAGGUUUCAUUUACAAUUUAUGGACCAGAAUAAAGUGUUGAAAAAUA